AUGCGAAUGCUUGACAUUUCAGAAAAUGGCUUUAGUGGAGUCUUGCCAUCAGAUUACUUUGCUGGUUGGAGUGCAUUGUCAUCGGUAAAUAAUUUGCCACUAGAAGAAUAUUCUUCAACAUUAUACUAUCAUAAGUCGGUGGCUCUGACGAACAAAGGAUUGAAGAUGGAGCUGGUUGGGAUUGGUUUCACAAUGUACAAAACCAUUGAUCUCUCUGGAAACAGACUUGAAGGAGAUAUUCCGGAAUCCAUCGGUUUACUCAACCAACUGAUUGUGCUCAACAUGUCAAACAACGCUUUCACUGGCCGCAUUCCAUCAUCUCUAGCGAACUUGACCAAUCUCGAAUCAUUGGAUCUAUCUCAAAACCGAUUAUCUGGCAAAAUCCACCAGAGCUCGGGAAACUCACAGAACCCGAGCUCUGCGGUGCUCCUCUCCAAAAACCUGCGGCAGAAAAGAAGAAGAAGAAGAAGCACAAAGCAAGAGGAAGAUGAAGAAGAUGAAACAUUUAGCUGGAUCGCAGCUGCAGUAGCCUACGUACCUGGUGUUUUCUGUGGUCUCACCAUCGGUCACAUUCUCUCUUCAUAUAAACCUUACUGGUUCGUGAGGAUCUUUCACUCUUUUACUUGA